AAAAACAUGCAGUUCUGGUUCUGCUUCCUCUUCUCUUGCAUCUCAUCUGGUCUGAUCUGAAGCAGGUUCUUCUCUAGCAUCUCGACAUCUCUUCUCUCCAACUUUCAUUGCUGAUGUUCUUAGAUGUCAAACAAAGUUUGGAUUAUAACUUUAUGCCUUUAUGGACAACUUUUGAUAUCCAUUAUGAAGCAGGUUCUUGUGGCUCCUUCCUUGCAAGAUUCUUUUUUAAUAUUAGUGCACUUAUACAGGAGGACUUGUUGGAACUUUUUCGAUACAAGUUGGCAGCAGAGCUAGUGCUUUCAAAGGAUAAUAAACAACAACGUUUUAAAUUAUUUAAAGCACUAAAAAAUAGAGCUAUUGGAUUUUUUUUUUCAGCCUCUCAAAUGACAAUGCUUUGUAUAAGUGUGAAUGUGAGUCUUUAUCUAUUAGCAAAAAAGAGCACUGUAUACAUCAUCUAGAUAAUACACAACCUUCAAUUCUGAGUUUAGACAUUUGUAGUUUGUACUAAGAUAAAAGUGUAGGUGCAAUAACCUUCUCUGUCUGUGGUAUCAACCACAAUGAAUUUUUGUUCGUUUAUUAUUUCUACAUGAAUCAUCUUCUAUAUUCUUUUUA